UCUUGACAGUAACUCGCCAGCCGACGAGGCGACAGGUUGUGUUGUUAACAAGCUCCGGCUGGAUGGAAGAAGAAGAAACUUUCAACACUUUCUUCCUCCCUCUUCCAGUGCGGAUUAAUUCCACCCCACUCGUUUGCGGAUUUUUGUGAUUUGAGUUUUUUUUUAUUGGUGCGUGAAUAAUGAAGACGAUUAGUGUCGACCCGCAUUCGACCGAUUCCAUCGGAACCGGGCCGGAAGAUGCCGUGUCUACGGGCUCGCAUUCGCCGCGAUCUUCGGUCGGUUCCAGCGGAAGUUUACUGGUUCUCGGCGAUUUGGCGCUGGAUGGGAACAGGAGCGAAGAAACGGGUUCUCUGUCGACUCCGACCACGCUGGAAAUGUCGGUCGAUCCGUUGCCUUCCGGUGGGGACAGUCGCAAAUCGGUAGCCAAACGGUAUCCGUCGUUUCGGGAUAUUUUCAUGAAACAGAUCAGUCGUGGGCGACGACUCUCUUCCGUCUCCAGCACGCCGGAUGCCGACCGUUCGCUGGAUCAGAGUAGUAGCAUCAGCAAAGCCAAGAAGAAACGGAAGAAGAAGAAGAAGGAUAAAAUGAGCGCCACUGGAUGCGCUGGAUGGCUGGAAAAGAAGAAGAAACGUAAAAAUUCCUCCGGGGAAACCACCGGUGGCUCGUUCAGCAGCAGCGUCGAGAGCUCGAAUGGAUCGAGCGACCAACCUCCGCCCUUGGUCACGCCACAGGAGGUUGAAGAGAAAGAAAUGGAAGAGGAAUUUCACGAGAAUCCCGAAGAUCAGACCAUCACUUAUUUCACUUCCGGCUCGGUUAGAGGCGGAGGGACUUACACGAAAUGUCCAGCCGACUGGACUUACGAAGAUGAUAUCGAUAGUCUUGGUUUGAGUGCUCCGCUAGUGAUCCCGAUCGCUCCGCUGGCUCAUUUAGCCCUGAAUGUGUUGAUAAGUGACCCGCAGACAUUCACGCUGACCAACUUGAGCAGUCUGAGGAGACGCGAGGAUCUGGGCAAGGGCGGUGUCGAGGACAUGAUUUCCAUUUCGGAUUUAAAUGAAGCCUCCCUCCUGUGGAAUCUCAAAGUCCGUUACGACGGACAACACAUUUACAGUUACACCGGUAACAUUCUGGUGUCGGUCAACCCUUACAAAAUGUUCGACAUCUACGGAUUGGACAUGGUGAAGAAAUACGAGAACCAGAUUCUCGGCACUUUACCACCGCACCUGUUUGCCAUCGGUUCGGCCGCUUAUGACCGUAUGACCAGCCGGGACAAGCCGGGCGGCCAACCGCAGGUGGUCAUCAUCAGCGGAGAGAGCGGAGCCGGAAAAACGGAGGCCACCAAGCUCAUUAUGCAAUACCUGGCCGCUGUCAACAACAGCAAGAUCCCGGGCGGGACUUCAUCGGGAGGAGGUGCGGGGUCGCGAUCCUCUUCGUCGCUCGUGACGGAGCAAAUCCUCGAGGCUUCACCGCUGCUGGAAAGCUUCGGCAACGCCACAACCGUCCGCAACGACAACUCGUCUCGUUUCGGCAAAUACACGCAGAUUUUCUUUAGAAAUGGAGCGAUCGCUGGGGCCAAGAUCACCGAGUAUCUCCUGGAAAAAUCGCGGAUCGUGACUCACGCGGCCGACGAGCGCAACUACCACGUCUUCUACGAACUGCUCAAGGGCUUGCGCCCAGAAGAGAAGGAACGUUAUGGACUGACAGCCGCCGACAACUAUUUCUACCUGAAUCAGGGUGGGCAUUGCGAAAGCGCUACCAAGCACGACGGUCAAGACUUCAAGACUCUUCUGUCGGCUAUGCAAAUUCUCGGGUUCAACGCCGAAGAACAAGACGUCAUCUUCCGCAUCUUGGCUUCCGUGCUGCAUCUGGGCAACGUCUUUUUCCACCGCAAGGCGCUCAAGCACGGCCAGGAGGGCGUGGAGAUGGGCUCAGACGCCGAAGUCCGUUGGGUGAGCCAUCUGCUCCAGCUGCGCACCGACGGCAUCGUGGCUGCUCUCACCACCAAAACCACCGAGGCCCGUAAUGAAAAACUACACACGCCGUUGAACAUCGAUCAGGCCUUAGAUGCUCGUGACGCCAUAGCCAAAGCUCUCUACAGUUCGCUUUUCGGUUGGCUGGUGAAUCGCGUCAAUUCGAUCGUCAACAAGGGCGAACGAUCCACAUCGAUCAACAUCCUCGACAUCUUUGGUUUCGAGGACUUCCCCGAAAACAGUUUUGAGCAGUUGUGCAUCAACUACGCCAACGAGAAUUUGCAGUUCUACUUCAACAAGCACAUUUUCAAGCUAGAGCAGCAAGAGUACGCCAAAGAGCGAAUCGAGUGGCAGACCAUCACGUUCACGGAUAACCAACCGGUAAUUAGUCUGAUUGCCAAGAAGCCGAUUGGCGUCCUGCAUCUGUUGGACGACGAAUCCAAUUUCCCCAAGGCGACUGACGGCUCCUUCCUGGAGAAAUGCCACUACAAUCACGCUCUCAACGAGCUCUACUUCCGGCCGAGAAUGUCGUCCAUGGAAUUUGGCAUCAAACAUUACGCCGGACAGGUGUGGUACAAUGCCGACGGUUUCCUGGACAAGAAUCGUGACACGUUGAGACCCGAUGUGGUCGAUUUGCUCAUCAGCAGUCGAAUCCAGAUGCUAUCGAGAAUGUUCCAGGAUAUGAAGAAAGCUCACGAAUCGAGCAAGAUGCUCAAUCGUGGCGACGGCCGAUUUGUCACCAUGAAACCCAGGACGGCAACAGUGGCUGCCCGAUUCCACGACUCGCUCCAGGCUUUGCUCGAGUCCAUGUCCAAAUGCAACCCCUGGUUUGUCCGCUGCUUGAAGCCCAACAGGGAAAAGCUUCCCAUGAGCUUCGAUUUGCCCGUGGUCCUGGAGCAGCUGCGCUACACUGGAAUGUUGGAGACGAUCCGAAUCCGUAAAAACGGCUAUCCGGUUCGCAUGAAAUUCCACCAUUUCAUCGAACGCUAUCGCUGCUUGCUGACGAGAAGAGAGCGACGCAAUUUGGCUCGAAGCCCAAAUCCUCCAGGCCCGGACAUCUGUCGCAUUGUGCUGGACAGACACGCCCAGGGUGACCAGUUCCAGCUCGGCACCACCAAAGUGUUUAUGCGCGAAGCGUUGGAGCAGCAAAUCGAACGGAAGCGAUUGGAUCAGAUGCGCGAUGCAGCCAUCAAGAUCCAACGGGCCGUCCGGACGUAUCAGCUCAGGAAGGACUUCCUGACUCAACGUCGAAGUGCAGUGGUGAUUCAAGCGUGGGUCCGUCGCUACCAGGCCCGCAAGCGGUUCAACACGAUCCGCCGAGGAGUGAUCCUUGCCCAGGCCCAAUUCCGCGCCACCCGUCAGCGACGGUUGUACAAGGAACUGAGGGCAGAGCUCCAGCGAAGAGAAGAAGAACGCGUGACGACGAGGGAGCAAAACAUUAAACAACAGCAACAACAUCAACUAAUACAGCAACAAAUGCAGCAGAGCCAUCAAAUGCAGCAGCUGCAGCAACAGCAACAGCAACAACAACAACAACCCAAUCCUCGCGCCGUGGCCAAUGAAAUGGAGCGCGAAGCCAAGGCGAUGGCUGGAUUCAAUCAUUUGGAGAUUCCGGCCGAACUGGCGUUUAUCUACAGUAAACUGGACGAUUGGCAGCCCAUCCAUUCUGAACGCAACGUCGUUAAAGUCGUCGGCGCCGUUCCGUCAUCCGAACGUGAACGUGAGCUGCCCGACGAUUUGGACCAUCACGCUUUCACCAAAUUCACCAGCAUUUACUUCAAGUCGCACUUGUGGGGCUCCAAGAGAGACCCGAUUCAAACGCCUCUACUUCCCAAGAAUUCCGAGGCGGACACGGCCGAUUCGUUGGCCAUUUUCAAGUUGAUUCUGCGUUUCGCCAACGGGCCCAAAGCCGGCUCUCUCAAUGGGAAUCAGGCGCAAUGGAAACGUGAAUUGGCGCUGGGAAAUUACAUCGUUCACAAAGGCAUCGUGCGGGAACAAUUGCGCGACGAGAUCUACUGUCAAAUUUGCAACCAAACGUGGCGCAAUGAAGACCCUGAAGCCGUGGCCCGCUGCUGGUACCUCAUGGCCAAUUGCCUGUCCGCUUUCCCUCCGUCGCCCGUCCUCUACAAAUACCUGCUCAAGUACGUGUCCGAUCACGCGUAUGAUGGAUACCGGGCCAUCUGCCAGCAGAAAUUGAUGCAGUCGUACGCACUGGAACCUCCACUGGCCAGAGCUUACCCGCCAACGGUGAUGGAAUGGAAGGCCAACCGCAAAUGCGUCAAUAUGGCGCUGGAGGCCCGCUACCCUGACGAUGAGAGUCGACACGCAGGCGUCGAAUCUUGGUCGACAGCCGAGAAUGUUGCUUCGUUGCUAAUGCGCGCCAGAGGUUUAGAAGGCAGCGAGGCAGAAGGCUGGACAGUCAGCAUGGCUCAGGCUGACGAAUUCUUCGAUCUGAACGGCCAGGAUUUCGUCCUGGACGUCGUCGCAGAGUUGGAGACUCCACCAGCAUUCCCCAUUCACAAAGGAGGACAUUUCUUGAAUUCUAGGAACGAAAACGAAUCCCCGUAUGCUUACGGGCCGCCCAGGACGCCCAACGGAAUGUCGCCGUCGAGAAAUGGGCACCGGAAUUCAAACAGGCAAGGCCGGGCACAUUCAUCGUACGCCGUGCACCGGGACGAGCCCGGUAGACGCUCGGCUGCUGUCGUCGGCGGCGGCAAGCGCUUCGUCAAGAGCGAACAGAACCGCUCCCAAGCCAAAAUGAGUCGCAGUUUGGAUAACCUUCUCCAUGUUGAAUCGGGGAACGAAUCGGAAGUGACCAACAGAAUGGGACUGUCACGCAGUCGACUCAACGACAGGUACCGCUCAAUGGACAAGCUCAAGGCAAGCAACAAGAGUUUGCUGGUCCAACGCUCAGAAAGCCAUCGUCACAGUGGAAGUGGACAUCACCAUCCCAGACCGGCAACAGCUGGUGGAGAGGCUGAAUGGAGUAAACUGGGACUGAGUAGCAGCGCCCUCAACAGCAGAUAUUUUAGCCAGCAGAAUCUCAAAGCUGGAGUUAGGGCUACGGACAGUGAUUCGUCCGAGCCGGACGAGAAGCCAAGACGAAAGAAAUCUUCCAGCUCAAGAUCCAACGGCCAUUCACCGUCAAAGAGGAAAGGCGGACGAACUUCAGAAGAGCGGACGGACGGAGGUGAUUCCGACACGCCGGGAGACAAUGGCUCGGACCUGGAAAAUCGACGACAGCCCGCCAAGACGGAAGAAUAUUACAACGGCCGAAACAAUGGCCGAUUCAUCAAAGCCCAGCCUCCGCAGGGCAAUGGCAAGAAGACCAAGGGGGCCGUCCACAGUUCCAGGGCCUACAUUGAGACCCGUAACGCUUCCGAAUCGAAAGAACAUUUGGCCAAAUCUUCGGCCAUGUCCGACACUAGUGAAACAGUUUCACUGACGUCUCACGUUCGUCGAGUUCGUGUUCCAUCGCAGUCUUCGGACGUGGACCAGUAUUUGGAUGAUUUGUUCAUGCCCGUCUUGGACGGAAACAUUGACGAGUACUCGGACGCUCGAUCCCUGGCCGCUUCCAUCAAGGGAGGCAGUCAGAAGUGGAAAGAACCUGCGGAUGUGACUGAUUUUGUGGAUAAUCUCAUCGCCGAUAUCCGACCGGAUGAAGAUUUGGAAGGAGCCGAUCAAGUGGAUUCAUUGGCCGCACUCAUUCAAGGUGGCGGCAAAGGUUUGAAGGAUCCCGGACAGAGUUAUUCGAGUCCGUCUCGCGAAGCCCCGUUCCAGCCGAUCGGCAUCAACAUCGGCACUCCGCAGCAAUCGCUCGGUCUGAUGUCACCAUCGCCACUUUUGAUGCCGGGAUUCUUUGGAGCAUACGCUGGACUGCCUUUCCCAAUGCCAGAUGCGGGACUCAAGUACUUCAACGAGAUUGCCUCGGUCCAGCAACAACAGAGUUCGUCCGUGCCGCCUUUCUCUUUUCCCUACACCACCAGUAGUCCUCUACCUUUCUUUCAAUUGCCGUCAGGAUUCCCAUCGAUGGGUGCACCCAAUUCUUCCAACAGCGGUGGGCCGACCAGCGGUAUGGAUCACGCCAUGCAACAGAACUUGAGCCGUGCUUUUCUCCAAUCGGCAGUGGCCCAGAACAUGCAGAUCCAGCAGCAAUUGAUGGCCCAGAAUCAAGCUCUUCAGCAGCUACUCAAUACGCCGGCCCUACUCCACCCAUCACCACUUCUACCACCUUCCACCGUUACUUCUGCUCCUCUGAUCAUGACCGUUUCGCCCACGUCUCCCGUCUUGAUGCAUGUCUCCUCCACCAUGGCUACCGCUCGCCAGGACGCCGCUCAAAAGCGCCCAGCUACCAAGGAAGCUGGUGAUGAUGACGAUAACGAGCAGGGCGGCAGUCGAGCAGUCGACAUCCACGACGAUUCCGAUCUGUGGCGCAUCGAAGGACCUUCGACAGUGCUGGCCAGGAGCGGUUCCCGCGGUCAGGGCGAUCAAGUGCCCGCUCCCAUUCUACCGAAAUCACGCAGGGAAUCGGGGCUACCCGUUCUGGAGUCGCGCCAGUCCUUUUCACGGGCACAGCCGAACGACAGCACACCCGAGCAUGUCUCUAGCUCACGCAAGUUAAGCCAAAGUCACGAACCUACCGUCUUCAAGGGGGCUCCACCUCCACCACCACCGCCUUUGCCGCCAGAGCCAAUUUUCGGCGACCCCAACGCAUCUCAUCACUUGAUGGACACUUACGGACGGGCCAAAACUGUGCGCAUAGGCAAAUGGAGAUGGCCGCCAGCGCGUUCGGAUGACGAUCCGGCCGUUCCGCAGCUCACUGGAAGCUUCCUUGAAUUCAAGAUGCAACAGAAUCAACGAAGACGAUCGUCAGAAAACGCCCAGCCUUACGAGGGUGUUGAAUGGGAUUCUUUCGACAUGGAGUCUGAGGAACCUAAACCGGAAGAAGAGAUUCAAGAUUCGUCCAAUGCUUUGUCGAUCUUUAAGGGCCGAGAGCGCAGCGUCAGCCCCGUCCGUCAACUGAGGGAUGUCAAAGCCUCGCCCGGAAGUAUCGGCAAACUCAAAAUCAGUUCGGAGAUGAGGGCCAAACUGGAACUGGUGACCAUUGCCCAUCAGGCAACGUCCAAACCACCCAACGAAAGAUCGCCGGAACCGAACGGGCGCACCGAAACAGGCGGCGUCCGUAAACUGGAAGAUAACCGUCGCCUGAUGUUGCAGCAACAGCUGAGCGGACGGAAAUGGGAUUCGGUCGAAGAGGUAGAGCGCAUCACCCGGAGGGCUUCGUGCGAGGAACGAAGUGAUCUGAUCAAAGCCGUUCACCAAAGGCCUCCCCCCGACCAAGUGGAUAGAGCUCGUCGUAGUAGUGAUAUGUCAUCGUCGAAUACGCGGUCAUCACAGUUUGAAACGGCCCAACGAUCCUCAUCUCCACCAACCACUUAUUAUUCCAUGCAGGAAUCGAAUGGCGUCUCUUUGUCAAACGGAUUGGAGCCUCGUUUAUUGGCUUCAUUUCCAUACGAAGAUCAGCGUAAAUCAUCCAUCGACGACGAACUGGCUACAAGAGCCCUGGAGAGCAUCCACACCAAGUUGUACGGACCUCUCAACGCUCCGUUUUUCACUUAUAAUAACGUCCCCUGGACGCUUCACGUCCGCAAAGAGUUGUUCUCACCGUCGGAGAACGCAUUGGUCCAUCCACUGGGACUGCACUUGAUCUUCUGCCAAGUAGUUCAAGAUACGUACAAUGACGCCUGUCUCAGGAUCAGUCGUGACGACCGUGCCAAGAUGCAACAGAUGUUGGAGAAUUACGGCAUCUCGCCAGAGAACGCCACCAAUGGCCACCACAAAAUAACGCUCAAGCGCAACGUUGUCGAAAUGGCCAAAGAAUGGCCACUCUAUUUCGCUCGUCUCUAUCCCGUUUCGGGUACCCGACAACACGCUGAUGUUCAGUUCUUGGCCGUUUCACACUCUGGCGUCCGUUUGGUCAAGCGCCAGCAGAUCGGUCAACUGGAAUCGCUGCACGUGUUGCAAUCGUUCGGGUAAGCCACCUCAUCUAAUCUU